UUGGUACUUUAUUUUAAAGAGUGCGAUACUUUUAGUUGAAUUAAAAUUUAUAUUUAUCCAUUUAAGACUAUAUAUGAUAGUUUAUCAAUAACGAGAGGCCACUGGAGUGUCAACUGCAACAAUGAAUUUAGAGUUGCUUGAGUCGUUCGGUCAAAAUUAUCCAGAGGAAUUUGAUGGUGCAUUAGAUUCUAUUUCUUUAGCGGCAACAUGUGCCUUUAAUAGACGAGGCACUUUGCUGGCUGUGGGCUGCAAUGAUGGGAGAGUAUUUAUAUGGGAUUUCCUUACAAGGGGCAUAGCUAAAUCAAUAUCAGCACAUUCCUAUCCUGUAUGUAGCUUGAGUUGGUCAAGGAAUUGUAAAAAACUCCUUUCAGCAUCCACAGACCACAAUGUAUGCAUCUGGGAUGUUUUGUCAGGGGAAUGUGAACAAAAAUAUAAAUUUCCAACAGCAAUUCUACGAGUACAGUUUGAUCCCAGAAAUGAUAAGAGGUUCCUUGUGUGCCCAAUGAGACAUGCUGCCCUGUUGGUAGACACAGAAGGAGAACACAAAAUAUUGCCAAUAGAUGAAGAUGGUGAUAUAAAUGUUAUUGCUUCAUUUGAUAGAAGAGGAGACCAUGUGUAUACGGGCAAUGCCAAAGGAAAGAUUUUGAUACUAGAUUCUCAGACCUUGACUGUAAAAGCCAGUUUUAAAAUCACAGUAGGUACAUCCAGCACAACAGGCAUAAAAAGCAUAGAAUUUGCUAGACGUGGAGACUGUUUCCUUGUGAACACAUCAGAUAGAGUAAUAAGAGUGUAUGAUACAAACACUGUCCUCAAAUGUGGGUUGAAUGGCGAUCCUGAACCUAUACAAAAAUUGCAGGACUUAGUCAACAAAACAACAUGGAAGAAGUGUUGUUUCUCCGGCGACGGAGAAUACAUUUGCGCGGGGUCCGCACGUCAGCACGCGCUUUACAUCUGGGAGAAGGCCAUCGGUAACCUCGUGAAGAUCCUACAGGGGACCAAGGGGGAGGUGCUACUCGAUGUGGUGUGGCAUCCCGUGAGACCAAUCAUAGCCAGUAUUAGUGCAGGUGUGGUGUCAAUAUGGGCACAGAACCAGGUAGAGAACUGGUCGGCUUUCGCUCCAGACUUCAAGGAGUUAGACGAGAACGUGGAAUACGAGGAGAGGGAGAGCGAGUUUGACGUGGAGGACGAGGACCGCUCUGUAGACCUGGCCGGGGAGAGCCAGCUCGAUGAGGAACUUGAGGUCGAUGUGACUUCAUGUGAGCCAGUAGCAGCCUUCUGCAGUUCUGAUGAAGAAGGUGAAGAUGAAAGUCUGCUGUCCUUCCUACCUAUAGCACCCGAGAUAGAAGACCCGGAGGACGGAUGGGCAGCCACACAAGAGACGGUUACCCCAAGCGAAACUCCAGAGAAAUUAGAACCAGCCGCCAAAAGACCAAAGAGCAAAACAUACGACAUUUCGCUCAAAAUAACACCACCUGAACAACCAAUAUCUUUUGGAGGUAAAAACAAGCAGGCAGCUGGAAGCAAAAAGGUUGCUGGUCGACCGCGCAAAUAAAUUUAAACGAGGAAUUAAUACAUGUACAAAGCUGUUUAUUUACUACAAUUUGACCAUACUACAACAUUCGUUUGGUAACUGAUAAGUAAAACGAGGAACUAAAUAAAAAUACAAUAUUUGAGAAAACGUUUAUUUUGCAAAAUGAAAUUAUUGUUAUUCAAUAAAAUUCGUAUUAAGAGUAUAGAGUAAGUACUUCAUAUCGAUUUGUAUAUAAAUAAAUCUCACUUAAACAUAACCAAAAUAAUACAUCGUUUUAUUAGAGACCAAAAAGACUCUUCAUUGUCAAACUAAA